AUGGACCCGACAAACCUCCAAGCCCACGGCCAGCAGAAGAUGCGCCAGGCACCCGCCGCGCCCCGUCGCUACGACGGCCAGAACGGCAAUCCGCUCUACGACCCCUCCAACGGCGGCCACUAUGGUACGUGUAUUGCCGCCCAGGGACAUGCGCCCGACCCGCAGCUGUUUACAGGCGCGUGGCAGAAUGUCAACCAGGGCCUGACCGGACAGUACCGCGAUAUACUUAAUACGUAUUGGCAGCAGCAGGUUACGAAGCUGGAGACGGACGAACAUGACUACAAGUUGCAUCAACUCCCGUUGGCGCGCAUCAAGAAGGUCAUGAAGGCCGACCCAGAGGUGAAGAUGAUAUCUGCCGAAGCUCCUAUUCUUUUCGCCAAGGGCUGCGACAUAUUCAUAACCGAACUCACAAUGCGCGCGUGGAUACACGCUGAGGAGAACAAGCGACGCACGCUCCAGCGUUCUGACAUUGCCUCGGCGCUCUCCAAGUCGGACAUGUUUGACUUUUUAAUUGAUAUUGUUCCUCGCGAAGAGGCCCAUCCUCACAAGAGGAGUGGCGGGCAGAGCAGUGCUGCUGUUCAGUCCUCGGCGUCUACUGUUCCACCCGGCGCCCUCCCUCAGCAGGGCGUGCAUCCGCAGCAUCAGAUGGCCCCCCCAGACUACGGGAUGGGGCAGCACAUACCCCAGCAAGAGGAUUUCCGCCAGCCCGGCAUGUAUCCGGGCGCUGUUCAGGGCGACCCUAACGCAUACGGGCAACAGCAGAUGUUUGACCCUGGGGUAUAUGGAACGUACAAUCCAAUGGCACAGCAGCCGCAAAUGUACCCAGUCGGCCAGCGAGGACCCGAUCCGACUGGAGCUGGAGAUCCGAGUCAGGGCUACCGCCCUCACGACGCCGAAGGUGAUGCUGAUGCCGAAGGCGAGAGGGAGGAUUUUGGGCCAUGAUCCAUAGGAGCAAAUCUCCUAUGCGGGCAGGUUGCUGAACUCUCGCUCUAAGGCGACGGGUUCGACCAUACGAUCUUUGAAAUUGGACAGAAGGAAUUUGGAUCGAUAUCGCCAUCGGACACACUUGGCGUUUCCCUCGGGCGUCUUGAGGAAGGUUCGGUUGGAGACAUGGUGUUUGGGUACCGGCUCGAGGAUACGGUUCGGCCGCGGAAUGGUCUACGGUUGGGUGCGGCGUAUGUACAAGCAAGCAAUAGAGUCACUUUCUUUCUACCCCAAUGCGGGAUA